AUGCCAGGACGGCAGCAGCAGUGUCCAACUGGCACCACACCCAUGCAGCAGUCUCAGACUGAAUCGGAGACCGAUGAUGGACAAACCAUCAACCCUGCGUAUGGCUCCAGGACAGCAGCCUGCGAUGCAGACGCUGACAACAAGUCUGACGGAGAUGGACUGAGUAUGCCCAAUCAAUUAAAGAAACUGUGGAUCGCAUUCACCGCCGUCCUUGUCGUGGCAAACGUCAUACUGCUGUCAUACGUUGCAGCAUCUUGUCCCAAGGGAUUUAGAGAGUGGCGUGGGACCUGCUACAAGGCGUUCAACAUCCACGUCAAGUUCGAACACUCGGUCCUGCAUUGCCGUAAAGCUGGCGGCACCCUUGCCAUGCCCAGAGAUGCUGUUACCAACGCCUUCCUGAUCUCUCUCAAGAACUCCGUCGACCGCAGGUCCAGGUUCUGGUUUGGCCUGAACGAUGAGGGUGAGGAAGGAAUCUUCCAGUGGAUCGAUGGCUGUGAACGGUACAAUGAUGACAUCGUGUGGCGCAAUCAGUAA